AAUUGAUCAUUCUAAUCUCUCUCUCUCUCUUUUUUUUUUCUUUUUUUUUUAAAUAUUUUUUUUAUCCUUACCUUUUCAGAGAUUGAGAGAUACAGCUCCAGAUUGCAGUGGUUUGGGUAUUUUCUUCUGGGGAACGGCCAGGUUUAGAAUUUUGUUGUUCUAUUUUAAAAAUAUACAAUAAUAUUUUAGGGGUUUUGGAUGAUAGGGAGGGGAGGGGAGGGAGAAGUUGAAGUUAGGGUUUAAUGAUCUGGGAAGCUGAAAGAUAAAAGAUUUUAUUUUAUUUUAUUUUAAUAUUUUAAAAUUAGUAAUUGCGGAAAGGAAACAGAUUGAUAGUAAAUGUUGUUAUCGUGGGUGGUUGAUUAGGUUAUCAAAAUAUAUAUAUAUUUUUUUUAAAUUUAUUUUUGGAGUUAAGAGAGAUGGAAGGCGGUAGGAGGAUAUCGGUGAGUCCUCGGCCUUGCAGUGGAAGGCGGGUAGUGGCAAAGAAGCGAGCACGCGGAAGCGGUGUGGAUGGUUUCGUCAACAGCGUUAAGAAGCUUCAGAGACGGGAAAUCAGUUCCAAGCGUGACCGUGCUUUCAGUAUGAGCGACGCCCAGGAACGCUUCCGUAACAUCCGUUUGCAGGAGGAAUAUGAUACCCAUGAUCCAAAAGGUCAUUGUUCCAUGGGACUGCCUUUUCUAAGAAAGAGGUCAAAGAUAAUUGAGAUUGUAGCAGCACGUGACAUUGUGUUUGCUCUUGCUCAUUCUGGUGUUUGUGCAGCAUUUAGCCGAGAGACUAAUCAGAGGAUAUGCUUCCUGAAUGUCAGUCCUGAUGAAGUUAUACGAAGCCUGUUUUAUAAUAAAAACAAUGACUCACUCAUCACAGUUUCUGUAUAUGCUUCAGACAAUUUCAGUUCUUUGAAAUGCAGAAGCACAAGAAUUGAAUAUAUAAGGAGGGGUAAACCAGAUGCUGGCUUUGCCCUUUUUGAAUCUGAGUCACUGAAAUGGCCUGGUUUCGUAGAGUUUGAUGAUGUCAAUGGGAAGGUACUCACUUAUUCUGCACAGGAUAGCAUUUACAAAGUAUUUGACCUGAAAAACUAUACAAUGCUGUACUCCAUAUCGGAUAAACAUGUUCAAGAGAUUAAGAUCAGUCCAGGGAUCAUGUUGUUGAUUUUUACCAAAGCAAUUAGCCAUGUUCCCCUUAAGAUUCUUUCAAUAGAAGAUGGAACUGUUCUCAAGUCUUUCAACCAUCUUCUUCACCGGAAUAAGAAGGUGGAUUUCAUUGAACAGUUUAAUGAAAAGCUACUAGUAAAGCAAGAAAAUGAGAAUCUACAGAUUCUUGAUGUCCGCAAUUUUGAGCUGACAGAAGUUAGCAGAACUGAAUUCAUGACACCAUCAGCAUUUAUAUUUCUGUAUGAGAAUCAGUUAUUCCUGACAUUUAGGGACCGAACAGUGGCUGUUUGGAACUUCCGUGGGGAGCUUGUAACUUCAUUUGAGGAUCACCUUUUGUGGCAUCCCGACUGCAACACGAAUAACAUAUACAUCACAAGUGAUCAGGAUCUUAUUAUCUCUUACUGCAAGGCUGAUUCUGAUGAUCCACUGUCUGAAGGAAAUGCAGGAUCCAUCAAUAUCAGCAAUAUUUUGACUGGGAAAUGCCUUGCUAAGAUUAGAGCAAGCAACAGCUUCCCCAUGGAAAAUGAAUGCAGUUGCAGUGGCAAUUGUUGUGGUAGCAGUUGCGCUUUAAAGAAGCAGAGUCCUGCCUCCAGAAUUAGGAGCACGGUUGCAGAAGCCUUGGAAGAUAUUACUGCUCUCUUUUAUGAUGAAGAGCGGAAUGAAAUAUAUACUGGCAAUAGGCAUGGUCUAGUUCAUGUAUGGUCCAACUGAUGGUUUCUGUAUUUGUUCCUAGUUAUCUUUAGAUUUAUUUUACCUCUUUUCUAUCGUUGAAUUGAUUGUUCUGCUGCGCCAUGAGAAUGGGAACUGUACCAUUUAAUGUUAUCAUACCAAUUCUUUUUUUCUUUGUUCA